AUGGCGAGAUCCAAAGUCUUAGGGUUUGUGUUCACUGUACUGCUCAUUCUUGACUUGGCAGUCGUUGCUACGUCCAGGAGAGGAAAAUCAUCACGUGGCCGUUCAGGUUGUAAAAACGGCGGAUUUAGUGGAGGAAGAGGCAGUGGCAGUAAUGGUGGCGGUGGUGGAGGCGGCGGCGGAGGCGGAGGCGGAGGCGGAGGAUUCGACGGGUCUGGAUUCAGGGUUGAGAGCGCAGAUGGAAGCGGUGAUGAAUCUG